AUGGCCGACAAGACGCUUCGCCUGCUUGCGCUCGACGGUGGUGGAGUCCACGGCUUGUCUGCGCUGAUGAUCCUUCAGCAGCUAAUGGAGACAGUUAACCCAGACUCUCCACCAAUGCCUUGCGACUUCUUCGACAUGAUUGGCGGCACUAGCACCGGCGGGCUUAUUGCGAUUAUGCUCGGCCGGCUGAGGAUGAGCAUCGACGAGAGCAUCAACGCCUACUUAUCGCUGUCAGACCGGCUAUUCCAGCAGAAGAGACGCCACGUAACUGUUAAAGGUGAUAUACGGGGAAAGUUCGACUCAGAGGAGCUAGCGCUAGCUGUGAAGGAGAUCAUUAAACAGCAGGGAUUACAGGAGGAUACGCUUCUAAAAGAUGCACCGGAAGCAGCUUGCAAAGUAUUUGUGUGCGCGACGAGUAAGGCGACUAGUGAGACUGUGUGCCUCACGAGCUACAAAUCGCCGCGUAGUAGCAGUGACCUCAUAAAUAGUGUGACGAUAUGGGAAGCCUGCCGAGCCACGUCAGCGGCAUCUUCUUUUUUCGAUCCUAUCUCUAUCGGGCGGUAUAAAGAGGAGUUUUUAGACGGCGGCACAGGAGCGAACAACCCAGUGUGGGAGGUAUGGAACCAGGCCCAGCUAGUAUGGGGACCGCAGCCGCUCGAGAGUAGGAUCAAAUGCAUGGUCUCAAUUGGAACCGGUGUCCCUUCGCUGAAGCCAUUCCAAGAUGACGUCUUCCACAUUCACAAGACGCUCGUUGCCAUCGCAACUGAGACGGAGCAGACGGCAGAGCGAUUCCAGCGAGACAAGUCGCUCCUUGACGACAGCAGCCGGUACUACCGGUUUAAUGUGGCCCACGGGCUUGAGGACAUCGGGCUUGAGGAGUCAAAGAAGAAGAAAGAUAUUGCUGCGGCUACACGACGAUAUAUCGCGUCUCAGGAUGUAUUCAAGCAGAUGCAGGCAUGUGCUGACAACGUAGCAGGACGAGGAUAUUCUGGACAAUAUCGAACAGUCUUUAACCUUAGGGGGGUUCCGAAAGUUAGCAAGUUUGUGGACCGGCCAACCGAAAUGGCAGAGCUCGAACGAGUCCUUCUGCCCAAACGACAGAGCUGCCGCCAGAGGAUUUACGUGCUGCACGGCCUUGGCGGAAUAGGCAAAACGCAGCUAGCAGUCGAGUUCGCACGGCGACACCACUACAGGUUUGACUCAGUGUUUUGGCUGGAUGGGCGAACCGAGGACAGCCUUAAACGGAGCAUUGCAAGUUGUGCAAGCAAGAUUCCUCAAAAGCAGAUUCUAGAGAAGAGUAGGGCAUACUCCGCGGACGGUAGCAUUGAUAUUAAUGAAGUCGUAAAUGAUGUAAUGUAUUGGCUUGCGCAGCCGGACAACACUGCCUGGCUGCUCAUCUUCGAUAACGUUGACCGGGAAUACGAUCCGCGCAGUGCGGACCCCGAGGCAUACGAUGUCAAACACUACCUUCCAGGGGUCGACCAAGGGUCCGUCCUAAUCACAACCCGACUAGCUAGGCUGGAGCAACUAGGUGAUUCGCAGCAGCUAGGCAAGGUUGACAGAGGUCAAGCUGAGGCUAUCUUUAAGAGUUUGUAUAAAAGGAAGUACGACAAAGCCGAUGGUGAACUCUUGUUCAAGCUGCUGGAUGGUCUGCCGCUAGCAAUUGCACAGGCCGGUGCGUUUCUUCAGGAAAGCGGUGUUGGGCUUCGGAACUACUUUAAGUUUUAUGAGCAACAGUGGAGUGAGCUUAUGGAGUUACAAAACGAGGAUGGCGCGCUGCUUCAAGAUUACCCAGGUCGCAGUGUGUGGACAACGUGGGCCAUUUCUUACAAAGCUAUUUGCGACAAGCACAAGGCGACGGCUAAUCUACUCCUUCUAUGGUCUUUUCUCGACAACAGGGAUCUGUGGCAUGGUCUAUUCACAGCAGCAUGCCAAGCUUCUACAGUGGCGGCAAGAAACUUGUUAGAAUGGAUUGGAGACAUGGCAAUAGAUGAGCUCAAGUUUAGUAGGGCGAUGCAGCUUCUGCGUAACUACUCGCUGAUUGAAGAUGUUGAACAGCUGGCAAGCUACGCUACCCAUCCAGUUGUCCACCGAUGGGCAUACUAUUACAGGGGGAAGUAUUUUCAAUCGUGGCUGGCUCAGCUUGCAGUAGUUACAGUUGGAUGGGCUACACCGGACAGAUCAGCUCAGGACUCCUCGGUCAUACAACGUCGACUUCUCCCUCACGCCCAGGCGUGCUCUCAAUGGGUAUCAGUAGCCCAGAUAUGGCGAAGUCCUAGAAGUCAGAGCGGUUGUGGAGUAGGCAUUAGUAAGAGCGAAGAAGAAAACGUAAUACUAACUGCCAUUGACUUACUUGGUGUUCUCUGCGCGGACCAGGGCAAACUGACUGAGGCGGAGCGGAUGUAUAAGCGGGCGCUGCAAGGGAAAGAGGAGGUACUUGGUCCUAAGAACCUGUUAACACUCGAGACAGUUCAUAACCUGAGCAACCUCUAUGCAGAACAAGGCAAGCUGGCUGAGGCCGAAAAUAUGUAUAGGCGGGUGCUGCAAGGGAAAGAGGAGGCACUUGGUCCUAAGCACCCGUCAACAUUCGAUACAGUCGACAACCUGGGAAACCUCUAUGCCAACCAAGGCAAGCGGGCUGAGGCCGAACAGAUGUAUAAGCGGGCGCUGCAAGGGAAAGAGGAGGCACUUAGUCCCAGGCACCCGUCAAUACUUAACACGGUCAAUAACUUAGGUGUUCUCUACGCCGACCAAGGCAAGUUGGCCGAGGCUGAGCAGAUGCAUAAGCGGGCGCUAGAAGGGAGAAAGGAGGUACUCGGUCCUAAGCACCGGUCAACACUCGAGACGGUCCAUAACCUAGGCGUUCUCUACGCCAACCAAGGAAAAUUGGCUGAGGCCGAACAUAUGUAUCUGCAGGCACUGCAAGGGCAAGAAGAGGUAAUCGGUCUUAAGCACCCGUUAACACUUCACACCGUCAACAACCUGGGUAACCUCUACGAGUACCAAGGCAAGCUGGCAAAGGCGGAGGAGAUGUACGCGCAGGCUCUGGAAGGGAGAGAGGAGGCACUCGGUCCUAAGCACCCGUCAACAUUCGAUACAAUCGACAACCUGGGAAACCUCUAUGCCGACCAAGGAAAGCUGGCUGAGGCCGAACAGAUGUAUAAGCGGGCGCUGCAAGGGAAAGAAGCGACACUUAGCCCCAUCCACCCAUCAGUACUUAACACUGUCAACAACUUAGGUGUUCUCUACGCCGACCAAGGCAAGUUGGCCGAGGCUGAGCAGAUGCAUAAGCGGGCGCUGCAAGGGAGAAAGGAGUUACUCGGUCCUAAGCACCGGUCAACACUCAAGACGGUCCACAACCUGGGCGUUCUCUACGCCAACCAAGGAAAAUUGGCUGAGGCCGAACAGAUGUAUUUGCAGGCUUUGCAAGGGCAAGAAGAGGAAAUGGGUCUGAAGCAUCCGUUAACACUUCACACCGUCAACAACCUGGGAAACAUCUACGAGCACCAAGGCAAGCUGGCAAAGGCGGAGGAGAUGUACGCGCAGGCUCUGGAAGGGAGAGAGGAAGUACUUGGUCCUAAGCACCCUUUAACACUUGGCACCGUCAAAAGCCUAGGCAAUCUCUAUAAGAGCCAAGGCAAGCUAGCUAAGGCGGAGGAGAUGUACGCGCAGGUUCUGGAAGGGAGAGAGGAGGUACUUGGUCCUAAGCACCCGUUAAUACUUGGCACGGUCAACAGCCUAGGCAAUAUCGAUAAGAACCAAGGCAAGCUGGAUAAGGCGGAGGAGACGUACGCGCAGCUUUGGAAGGAAGAGAGGAGGUGGGUGCUACAAGGAAGAGAGGAGGCAGUUGGUUCUAAGCGCCCAUUGAAAUCUAGCAUAGUCAGCAACCUAGGCCUUCUUAACGCAGACAAAGGCGAGCUCACUGAGGCCAAGCAGCUGUAUAAAAGCGAGCGUCGCAAGAGAGAGAGGAGGCACCCGGUCCUAAGUGUGCAAGCGGGCGUUGUGAGGGACGAUACACUCAGUCUGAAAGAUUCGCCAAUUGCUCGACAUAACGGAGAAUAUGGGCAAUCUCCACAACAGACGAGGAGAAUUUUCGAAGGCUUAGUUCUUAGCUUUCAGCCCAUUCCUAGACCUUUCGGCGGUAUAGAUGACAGCGUAGAAUUGCCGGAAGAAGCAGAGGCACCUGAUCUAGCAGGUAUAAAAGAUAUCAAGAAGUCGAAAUCGGCAAUGGCCGUUUUAGAGGGUUUCUGCUAUUUCAGAGGUGGAACCUAG